AUGUGUUUCUCUAUGUGUGCACAGAUUGUUUACGGUAUUAUAAUGUUUGCGUGUCUUGCGCUAACUCUUGGAGCAAUGUUCACGUCAAAUUGGAGACAGAUCACAGGAACUGUAGAGCAAUCCCUUCUAAAUCGUUCAAUCCCUGAAAGUAUGGGAUUAUUUUCGUUCGCUUGUCGAAUGCCUGGAGAUACGAACAGUACAAGUAGUGGAAAAUUUAUAGAUUUGACAUAUUGCGAAGAAUGGUGGAAUAAUUUACAAACUUGGGAGAGAAUUGUAAGUGCAGCUAUGGUGUUGGCAGCCUUGAUAGAGGCGUUUGCGUUCGUAUGGAAUCUAUUUACUUGGUGUGCAUGUUGUUGUAAACAAUGCCUCCUACAUCCAUUGACGUUAGCCUCUCUGUGUGCUGCCAUCUCUUUGGCUACAGCCGUUGUCGUCUACGGAUUAAACAAUCAGAGUGCAUUUCAAGGUGUACAGAACUGGGAUGACAUCAAGGAUAAGAUCAGUACAGAGGUUGGAUAUUCGUUUUGGUUAGCAUGUGCAGCGUUAGUGUUAGCGGUUGCCGAUACAGCUGUUGGGACAUUCGCUGUAUGUAUGGGCGAUAGUUGUGUCUAA